AUGAAUAACUUCUGGACUUCAUUCAUCCAUGGAGCGUCUAUAAAACCCACAGAGAUACCAAUAAGUAACAUAAAAGCUCAGCUGGACACGGCUCGCAGGGCCUCAAUAGCUGUGAAUAAUACUUUGCACACCUUCUGCCACAACACUCCAUUGGCAUCUGCGGUAAGCUGUCCUCACUUUAUUCAUAUGCUACUCAACCAGACGGGACUUACAUUCCCUCAGCUCUACAUUCAAGACUGUAUCACCAUCGCGCAGACAGACUUAUUCAAGAUUGCUCUAUCCAAUAUGUCUGCAACCCUCAAUCAAUAUGUUACUGUGUUGGAGAAUCAGACGAAAAAAGAAUAUGACCAGCUGUGUGCUCCUGCCAAACGUAUACAGACACAGUGUCAUUAUCCCGCUGACUGUUCUAAACUCACUCCCACAUCUGAUGGCUUAUUUUACUGUUACCUAAGACAAACACUUUCUUACCUGGAAUAUAAAUAA